AUGGAGCAUCCACCACCACCACCCCCAAAUCCUCUGGCGCAAAUGGGGGUCGCUGAACCCGAAUACAAUUGUCGUUAUUGUGAUAAAACAUUCAGAAGCAAACAAGCAUUGGGAGGGCACCAAAAUGCCCAUAAGCUGGAGAGAGCUAUUGAAAGAAACCUUCAAGAAGCCAGUUUUGCUGGGGCUGGCCAACCAUACCCUCCCGCAUUGGCGCCUGCCUUGCCGAUUUUUGGAGCUUAUCACAUACCCUUCCAGGGGCCACAGAUCCAUUUUCAACACCCUGGAAUCCAUUUUGGGUUCAAUCCUCGCCAGGCAUUGCAGCCGAUUCCCCGAAUGGCCGUACCAUUUCCCCCUACAGUGCUGCUUCCGCCUCAGCCACGUCCACUGCUAGGAUUUAAUAAUCCCUUUCCCGGGACAGCCCCUGUGCAUAGGAAUGCUAUCCCUUUUAUGGGAUCGGAUUCUUCUUUGGCUGCUGGAAAUCAGGGUUUUGUGAACCCGCAGGCAUUUGGCAGCGGAUCCGGUGGCAGCAGGGCUCAGCAGGGUGGUGGGUUUGCCGCAGCAGCACCCAGGAAUGAUGUCGAGGAUCACCCGGAUGUUGACGAAUCUGGCCUUGAUUUAUCACUGAAGUUGUGA